UUCUCUGGGCAUUAGAAGGUGGAAGCUCUCGGCGCGCCGCACAAACCCUAAACCCCACCCUCCCCACAAAUCACGCCGGAAUGGCGGCGGAGACGGCGGAGAACGACUCCUCGCACGAAACCCCGCCCCUCGCUGCCACCGCCGGUGUCGCCGGCGGCCCCAAUCCCUGCUGCGCGAAGCUGUGGAAGAAGUACCAGCAGAUUGAGAAGAGCCGGGCGGUGCUGCGCGAGGCGGUGAAGCUCCUGAACAGCGAGAUCGACAAGGUGCGGAAUGAGAAAUCAGCUCUUGGCGAAGUGUGCAAGGAGGAGCGUCUCCGAGCUGAUUCAGCAGAAGCAGCUAGGGAUACCGAGUCUGAUGCCAGAGAUAUAUUAGAGAAAGAGGUAAUUGAACUGAAGGCAGAGAACUCAGCCUUGCAUCAAAAACAUAAUUCCAGCAAAAAUAGUGACGAGCUCUUGCGCAUCUCUGAGUUGGAGGAAGAAAAUAGAAGACUCAAACAGGUUUUAGGAGAAGAAAAGUUGAAAAAGGAUUCUGAGAAGAAAAAGGCCGAAGAAGCAAAGAGCAAGGCUAUAGAAGCGCAAAAAAUUUUGAAGUCUGAAACACAUAAGUCUGAAGAGUACAAAAGGCUUGCUGAUACAGAAAGAAAAAUAGCCAAUGAUUUGAAGGCAUCAUGUGAAAAAUUGAGGACUGAAGUCAAUGAAACCAGGGCGCAGUUGUCUGCUCAGAUUCAGAAGACAGGGGAGGCACAUAAAAAGGCCGAAGCAGAGAAGCAGAAGGCUGCCAGAGAAAAGAAAUGUGCUGAUUCUGAAAAAGUGUUAGCAGAGAAGAACAAAAAGCUAAUUGAGGUUGAGAGGAAAAAGGCAACGGAAGAGAAGAGCCAUUCUAACCAUUUAAUUGCACAGUUAGAGGAACAGAAGAAACUGAAUGAAAGCUUACAAGUUAGCAUUGAGGCUCAAAGAAAGAAUGCUGUGUCUGAGAAAAACCGCGCAGACCACCUGUUACAGAAGUUGGAAGAAGAGAGAAAACGUAGUGAAUGUUUACAGAGGAAGUCUGAUGAUUUUAGUGCUACUAGGGAUAUGGUUUCUCUUGGCAAACAUGGUAUACAACAUAUUGAUGUAGCUACUGAAAGUGCUAACAUAAAACUUCUCAAAGAGAAGCUGAAGCGGAAGAAAGAUCAAGUAAAGCAUGUGAAAAAUGAAUCAAAGUUGGAGAAAUCAUUGAUAAGAAAAGAGAUUGAGCUCCUAAAACAGGACUGGAUGCAGCCGCUGAAUCGGUUUAACAUGCUUGAUGACUAUCUUGCUGGUGGUGUUCAAGGUGUUCAUGCAAUGAAAAAGUUGAAGCGUCAACCGGAGGUACAUGACUUGGAACGCACUCUUCGUCCUCAUAAUCCAGUUGCUGCCCCAUAUUUCGAGUUACAAGCUGGGAUUAUUCCUUUUACUUCUGCCCCAAGAGAGUACACUUCAUAUCAGUUGCCUAGAGAAAGCUGCACAAGACCAAUCUCAGGUACUAGUUCUGAAUUGGAGCCUCCUAUUGGUACUGCUCUCAGAACAGAGUCGAAAAAUCACCACAGAUCUUCACGUCCCACAUCCAUAUCUGAUAAAAAGUUCACGGGCUCUCAGGGUAAGGAAAGCCUAUUUGUCUUAUCAACAGGUACCAGAAAGAACCAGAACUCGACAGGUUCAGAGUUACCCCCUAAAGACUGCAGUACAAGGAAACGAGAUAGAGCGCUGCUGGAGAUUUCUGGUCAUUCAUCUCGACAGAAGGCAUUGAAGUCAUCACUGCCUCGUGGUACAAGAGUUGCAGAUCAAAUGCCUAAUGGUGGUAGGAAGAGAAAAAGGACAAAAAAUUCUGUAGAAUCACUUUCACAUGAUGCCGCUGCAAAUGAUUAUUUGGCAUUCAGUGAUGAUCGUUCAUGUCCGCAGCAACAAAAUAUCAUCAUCCCAUGUAUAACCAAAGAGGGUUUGCAAAAUCAUACCAGGAAAUGUCAUGUGGCCGUUGAUAAAUCCUUGAGUGGCUGUGCUAAAGUAUUGUCUCCUGGAGCAGCAAAUGCUUGCGCAAGCAGCAAAUUUGCUUCAUUGUUCUCUUUUGAGAAAUUGAUCGAAGGGGACUGCUUGAAGUUGCUGAAUUUGGACAAUGAUGCUGACGAGGAGAAGUACAGAAAGGCAAUAGAGAGACCUCUUUCACCAGAUGUGCCCAUUGUUCUACCCACUAUAGCUAGAAGGCCUAUGUCUCCGCAUUUGGCUGAUGGCAACGAUAUAUAUGAUAGAGAUUGUUCUGCAUCAAGGUCCGAUGGCAGUUUGUCGGAAGUUCAGAAAUUAUCUCAGAAUGCUAAGUUUCAAUCAUCCUGUAGUAGAACUGGACAUGGUGGCAGUGUUAAGGAGCUGUGUGUACACAAUAAUAAAUCUAAUACAGUAGAUAAUGAUCCUUACAACGCCAACUUGGUUGAUGGGUCAGUUACAGCCAGAUCGGUCAGUGUUUCAGGUGGAAAUGUGGCCUCAAAUUCGUUAGUUUCUGUCGCUAUCGAUUUGGGAAAUUCUACGGGACCACAGUUCUCAGAAAGUAGCUGCAGAGGCCAUGCAAAUGCAAGUUUGCAUUCGGCACCUAAUAAAAGCAGGCUAAAUCAAAUGUCUGAUGCAUCAUCAGAUCUUGAACUGCAAAGUAAUGUUGGAACAAGUAAAGCACAAGUAGCUGGGUCAAUCAAUUUGACCUCAAAUAGUGUGAUUGGUCGUUGUCAUGGAGCCGGAAACAACACUAUUGACUUUGUUGGAGUUUCUAGUUUGAAAAGAAGCAGCCUAAUAAAGAUACUUCGCUAUUGGGAUGCCCUGAUUUCUGAAGCUAGUAAACUUUCUGAGGAUAUUUAUGUUGAUGGUCCAUUACUAGAAAGAGUAUCAACCGAACCAUUGCUGCUUCCAGAAGAGAAGAUUCCCCUCAUUUUUUCCCUUUUGUUGUGGGAUGUUCAUAAAUUAACAACAGAACCUGUUGAUCUAUACUUUGCUUCGUCGGCUUUUUCCAUGACUGUGAAACCUUACAUGGAAACGAGAUUGGGCUUCCUUAAAGGCAAUCAUCUGGAUGUCCUUGUCUCCUUAAUUGAGGAUUUUCUCAUGAACAAAGAAGUUAUGGUUUGUGAUAAAAUGGGAGUUAAGAAUUCUGAUGCAAUCAAUUAUUGCCACCUAGAUGAUGAAACUGGUAUACAAGUAUCCACCAAGCCUGCGACUGUAAAUCAGUUUAUCUCUGCUUGCAUCCUUUUGGCUUCAAUAUGUGUUAAAGUGGAGAGGCUGGAUGUUGUUUUAGAGGUUUCGUACAGAGUUCUUCAGAUGGGCAAAUUAAACCUUUCUUGGACCAUGUUAGCUCUCCAUGUCUUUGGUUCCGUAUGUGGUGAUAAGUUGCGCUUUCUGAAGAGCUGUGACCUUCUCAUGACAACUAUACGGUUGGUUGUCCUGCUUCUUGAGAGCACAGACACUUCUUCAUGCCUUGUGUCGUCUUAUAUUCAGUCCAAUAGACCAACAACUUUCCCAUCAUGUACACAUUGUGUGUUUGAUGUGGAUACAGUGUCUAUAGAUGUUUUUAUCUCUUCUCUGCUCAAUGAGUUAGAUUUAUGUGCUCUGUCAUGGAACAAUAACGCCAAUUCAAAUGAAACUAUUACAAGGCAAAGUUCUCAUUCGGGACCAAGUGGACUGGAAAUCAAUUGUGGCGAAUCUUGCAAUAUCUCCAAGCAAGCAAAACUUACUGAGGGUCCCAAUUAUCCUGCAGGGAGAGACUUGUGCUAUUUUGCUGAGAUAAUAUCUCUGAUUGAGUUGUUUGGGAGCUACAUGAGCUGCGAGUGGACAUACAAAAAUGUUGUUGUUCGUCUUCUGAAGAUUUUGGAAUCAUGCACAUGUGAGGAGUAUUCAGCUGCUCUCUUGGUACUUGUUAGCCAGCUUGGAAGGUUUUUCAUUGAUGACGUUGGUCAUGAGACAGAAUCAGUAGUUGAGCUGAGGAACAAGUUAGCAGUGCUAAUAGGAACUAGUUUUACAGGAUCAAGGAGCAUACCUGUUCAGUUUUCUGCCAUUGGUGCACUGCUCAGUCUCUUUCCGUUGACAUUUGAUAAAAUAGUUUCUAGCCAGACUGGACCAUUAUCAGGUCCAUGUGUUCUGCAAGCGCGUCAGAUUUCUGAAUGGUUCGGUCAGUUAAGCAAGGAGAAUCAAUCUUUUGCUCGUUCCUUUUUUAGCUGAGUCAGUAGGUAUUGCAGCACGUGGGCUUUCUGCUUGGACUCUUGGCUUGGUGUUCCCGCGGUCUAAGAAACUAAGAAAGCAUGCCCUUGAUAUUUUGGGUUGCUCAGCAUGCAGGGUGCACUCAUGAUCUCACAUGAUGACAUUAUCGCCCAGAGAGCAUAUGGAGGAGGAUGUUUUAUUCUUCUCUUUGUGGAAGCUGAACUUGACUUCUCUGCAUAACUUUUGAGGCAGUUUUGAGAUUCAAAUGCAGAACCACAAGCUGUAGACUAAGAAUUGUGCUUCUUCAUGCAUAAUUCUUUUGGCAGAAAUCAGAAUAUACAAGGUUCACUAGAAAUAUUUUGCCAACAAGGCUAAAUUUGAAAGUGGUUACAUGUCUGGGAUCAUUGAAGGAGGUACUUCAAAUUUGGUAGAUGAGACCUGGUUCAGCUCAACAUCGAAUAUCUUCAACGUCGCAAAGAGGGUCUGUGGUAUGUUCUGAUCUGAAAGCCUGCAUGGGCCACAAGCCACCAACCCCGACGCUGGUCAACAAAUCUGAUUUUUUCUUUUGGCAGGUGACGUAAGGUACUUGAUCCACGAAACAGCAGAGUAUGCUCUUGUGAACAAUUUUUUUCUGGAGGUGAUUCAGAAUUUUAUGGUAUCACCUUCCGAGCACUUUUUAGAACUUGUUGACCGUAGAGGUAGAUGUACAGCAGCAAAAGUCCAAAAGAGUCCUUUCCCAGCGCGGGGUGUAACUCGUUCCUUCUGAUGUAUGAAGGUGAAGUUCCAUCAUAACAUAAUGAAAUAAGCUUCUAGCGCUCCUAUCAAUUUCGUA